AUGGAUAAGGCAAAAAUCAACUAUCUUUUAGAAGGGGAAAUCCUAGUCAAAGGCAAGACUUUUGGUCUUUGGCAACCUAAAAAAUACAUCAUAGAUCAAGAACUGAGAAUUUUUUCAAUAAAAAGUUCAAAAUAAAAUAAAAAUUACCAUCUUGCAAAUUAUUAAGUAUAUUAUAUUCUCAUUAUUAAUAGAUAGCAAAUGUCGAAAGAAAGAAUAAUAGAUUUUAAUUUGAAUUAAUUUCUACUAUUGGUGAAAAGAAUAUAUUAAUGGGAUCAGAUAAUGAGAAAUUUGCUAAUGAGCUUAUGUUGUUCUUAAAAAAAAUGUGCGGAUAAUAAUUACGAACUUAAAGUUUAUUCGAACCUAGUUUAUCUUCUAAAUCAAAUUGUAUUAUAAAUUUUAUUAAACUGCAGCAUCUCUUCGAGAUUACGAUUAUGAAAUUCCAUAAUUUUUUGAAAUGCCAGAAAUUCGAGAUGGGUAUAUUUUUAUAAUUUAAUUUAGUAUUCAAAAUAUCAGAUCUAAAUCCUAUUAAUUGGAAUAGUAUGAACUUAUCUAAAAUCAAGUUGUAAAGAUUUAUAGAAAUAAAAAUAAUUAACUUAAUUUCAAAGUAUUUCUUACUCUACCUGGAAAUUGUAAUAUUCUUUUUAUUUAUUUAUUUAGGCUUAACAAAAUGUAUAUCAUAAUUAUUUAAUACUUAAUAUGAUUGGAAUAUGCAUAAUCUAAAAGAAUACACUUAAAUUAAGGAAUUCAAAUCUGAUAAAUCCCAAAUGAUAACUGAAAUAAGAUUAAUCAAAAAUUGGUUUUAAUUCAAAAGAGAAUUCACUUAUUUAAGACAUUUAGUUGAAUUAAAAAAGAAAGAAAAUAUUUAGAUUGUUAUUGAAAAAAAAGCAGAUCAUAAGAUACACUAGGGUACUGUUUCAGGACUAUUAAAAUUUGCUGUUUGGGGUCUCUUCUUAGAAAAUAAUCAAACUAAUAUUGUAUUAUUUACUGAAUAGAGUUAUAAUGGUUUAUCUUUUAUUGAAGAAGAUUCAAUUCUCUCAUAACAAUAUUUUUUGUAACUUGAAAAUAUUAUAAAACCACAAAAAAUAGAUUUUGAUAAAUAAUUAAUGUAAGGUUAAAGUUAAGGUAUUAAUCCAAAUAACAGUCCUCAAAAUGAAUUCUCAACUUAAAAGUCUAAAGUAAAAAUUAUAAAAGAAGCAUAGACUGGUGAUAUUCCUAAAUAAAUAAUUCAAAAUCAAAAUAUUCAAUAACCUAUCAUUGUAUAAUCCCCACAAUAGGGUCCAAAUUAAUAAAUAUAAGCAUAUUCACCAGCAUAAAUGGCACUUUCUUCUAAAGAUAAAAGUAUUCCAUAAAUUGGAAAUUUGAAAGAGGACGAUUAAUAAAUUUAGUUAUUGUAAGUAAAUAUGAAAAAAUCAGCUAAAUCUUCUGAGUCGAAUUAUGUUUAAGGAAAAGUAGAUUAAAAUAAUCUUUCUUAAGGUACUUUCGAAUAAUUGAAACUAAAGAAAACAUCUAGUUCUUAAGAAUCUUCUCAAGUUGUUGCAAAUAACAUUUCAUAAAAUAUUUUAUUUCAGUAACCAAAAAUAGAAGAUGAUUGUGAAAAUGAUGAAAUCUUACCUGAAAAUGAAGGAUCUGAUGGAAACAUUACAUAAUAUUAUGAUUGUGAAGAUGAUAUAGAUGCAAUGAAUGAUAAAUUAUUUAUUGGAUAAUAAGAUCAAUAAUCUAAUAAUGCUGAUUAAAGUGUGAUGGAUGUUAGAAAUUCAAUAACUUAAAGACAGCCUAAGAAUAAAAAUAAUUAAAUUUAAAGUUAAAGUGACACUAUUGAAAAUAUUGAGGAUUGGGUUGAAAAGAAAAUGUAGGCAUAUUUUAGUGGAAAAUUCUGUUAAAUUGCUAUUGAUAUUAAACAUAUUUUGAAUCCAUUAGAAUUAGAUAUUAAUGUACAUUUAUAUACAAUUAAAAUAAGAACAGAAAGUAUAUGAGAGAAUAAGAAGGAGGACAUUAUAUAUUUAGAAAAGAUUUUAUGAGAGAUGAAAAGAAUGGUGGAUUGAAAUGUAUUAAUGAGAUAAAAGUAAAUGCAUAAAAGAGUGUAGUCAAAUUUUUAUUAGCUAGAAUAGGUAAGAAGUGAUAUUAAUUAAAGGAACUUCACUCUUAAUGGGAAGAUCUCUUACUAGUAUAUCAAUGCCAGUAACUAUAUUUGAAUCCAGAUCUAAUACAGAGAGAGCUUGUAGUUCAUUGGCAUUUGCUCCAAUAUUUUUAGAUGACGCUGCUAAUUCGAAAGAUAAAUUCUAUAGAAUUAAAUAGUGUGCAGCAUUUUCUUUUGGAUUUAUAUUUUCAUAUUUAUCUAUGGAAAAAGUAAGAUCUAUUUUUAAUAAUUUAAAAGCCCUUCAAUCCUAUUUUAGGUGAAACAUUUUAAGGUUAUUUCGAUAAUUGUCCCAUAUAUUGUGAAUAAAUAAGUCAUCAUCCUCCAAUAUGCAUCAUAUAAUAUUAUGGUCGAAAAUAUAAGUAUAAAAAAGCAAAAUAUUAAUAGAAUUGAUGCUCGUCUUGAAUUGGUUGCAAAUUUCCAUUCAAAUUCUGUGGUUGGGAGAAAUGUUGGUGAAGUAAAAGUGAUAUUUGAAAAUCCUCCUUAAGAAAUUAUUAUUCUAUUAGCACCUGGUUGUAUUUAUGGUACAACAUUUGGUGAUAAAUCAAUGGAUUUUUUAGAAAAAUAAUUUCUAUUUGAUUUAAAUAAUAGAUGGGUGAUGGAAUGUGCAUUCAAACCUGACAAAAAAUAUUGCUAAUAUUUUAAUAUUGAACAUCUUUCUUACUCAGAUUAUGUAGCUGGAGGUGUUUGUGAGGUUACAGAUGCAGCCAUUGGAAGAUAUUUAAGGGAAGGUUAUAGAAAAUAUAAGGGUUUAGAUUUCAAAACAGAGGUUAAAUAAGUUAAAAGUAUAAUUAAGGGAGUUUGGAAUUAAGAACUAAAAGUAAUAAUCAUUUUUUAUCUAAGUUUGAUAAUCAAAAAUUGAUAUCGAUAAUGACUGACUUCCCAAUCAAAUUAGAAUUAGCAUAAUAUCCAUUACCAUCAGAUGCCAAUUUUAGAAUGGAUGUUCUAAUGUGGAAAUUGAGAGAUUUUGAUUAAGCAUAAUAAUGGAAAGAAAAACUAGAAAUAUUUCAAAGGCAAGAUAGAAAAUUGAGAGAAGCAAUUGGACCAAAAAAAAAGAAGAAAUGA